UUGACCUUUUUCACACUUGCUUAUUAUAACUGUGAUGAACACCCCAGUAUCUUCAUUCAUUAUGAAAUAUGUAACACUGUCAUAUUGCAGAGAACGGCCAUGUCAGGCAUGAAACAGGACCUUACACCUAAACUGCUUGGAGGUGGAACCGGAAAUUACGGGGCUUUCAUAAAAGAGAGCGAUGAUAGCAUCCAACAAUUACCGUCUAAUAAAAGCGAUGACGGAGUUUUAGAAGACAGCAAAAUAUUCAAGAUAUUUAAAACCGGAAUAAUGGUUUUUACCUGGACGUUCAUUGGAAUUUUCACGGCGAUCAUCGGUGCCACUUUGAUCGACCUGACGGAGAUCGCUGGUUGCAGCUACGCGCAGAUCGGCCAGGCUCUUACGGGGCUCCACCUCGCCAUGCCGGUAGGCUCUAUCGGCGGUGGAAUCUUGUGCGGCCGCUAUCCGGAUCACCUAGAUUUCUUCAUCACCGUGUUCUUAUCCUCGCUGGCUCUCAGUUCGGCGGCUCUACCCUGGUGUUCUCACCUCUGGCUCAUGGCCUCCGUCAUGGUUGUACAAGGGCUUUCCAGGAGCGCUCUUACCUGCUGUGGAAAUGUCAUGAUGAUCCAGAUAUGGAGAGAGAAGACAGCCGCUCCGCUUCACGCCAUGCACUUCGGGACGGGAUUUGGUUCAUUUCUCGCCCCACUCUUGGUCAGUCCCUUUUUGUCGCCACAACGAAAUAGCUCGGACUCAAACGCGACGUCGUCCCCUUCCGCUUAUAGUUUGUCCAGUGUGACUCUUCCGGCAAACGGGACUGGGAAUGCGACUGUCGACACCGGAACGCAUAUUUACAUUCCGUACGGGAUCGAGGGUGGAUACGGUGUCAUCUGCGCAUGUCUCUUUUUUAUGUUUUAUCUUCGACACAGGAAAAAAUUACAGUGGAAUCAACCUCAGGUACUGGGACAACCAUCUAGAACACCUCGCGAGACACGGACGAGUUUCAGGAACAUUAUCUCCCCUGCCGGUUGCGCAAGGGGCAAUUUCGCCUUUGGCCUUCAGAUGGCGUGUUUAUUGUUCCUGUUUUACUGCUGCGUCAUUGGCGUAAUAGUUUCGUAUUCGACGUAUUUACUGCCCGUCACUAUCGAGGGCCACGCCAAUUUGUCCAAGAAAGAGGCGACGUUUUUAAUGUCGGCGUACUGGGGUAGCUUUGCAGCAGGUCGCUUCGUCUCGGCAUUUGUCGCCAAGUUUGUGCAGAUCCACAUCAUGUUUGUUAUAGAAAUGUUGGCGACCUUAGGUACAGCCGCAGUCUUGGCGUUUUGGGGCUUGACGAAUUCAUUGUUUCUGUGGAUUAGCACCUGUGCAUUUGCGUUUUUCUGCGCCCCUGUGUUCCCCUCGGGCGUGGCGUGGGCUAAUGUGUACCUCGAUGUCAACGGGCCUCUCAUGUCCGUCUUUCAAAGCGGCGUUGGGGUAGGUGCCUUUGUGGCAGGUAUUUACGGGGGUUACGGCCUGCAAGAAUACGGGCCCAACUUUCCGCUGUAUCUGAACUUUUCUUUCGCCAUCGGGUUAGUGACGAUGUAUGUUAUCAUGCAAAUUGUUGCUUCGUGUCACGGCCGUAAACAAAUGGUGCAAAUUUAUGAGCCUAUACAAGACAUUAGCGCAGAUUCUGGUUCCGUAAUUAUCAACUAAGGACAAAAGCUUGACACCUUACUUUGAUUUAGAAGAUACGUGGUAUAUGUUUGCUUGUUCCCGAAAAUAGAAUUCAAAA